AUGAAUGAGCCUGAAAAGAUUGAGGUUCCAGCCUUGAAGAAAAAGGGAAUCAAAAUCAAGUCGACAAAGCCCAAAUGGCCAUUGAAAGGAGGAGAUCCUAAAAGUGGACUGGAAGCUCAAAUAGUCAGUUUGAAUCCCUUGGUGGUCAAAGGGGUGGAAAAGGAAUCAACGAUGAUGACGGGGAGAGCGGAAAGGCAGCCUGCGGCAAAAACCCUAGCGGCACGGCUUGGUGCGCACCCUGCGGAAGAAACCCUAGUUACGCAAGUCAUACCAGUCCUUGAGUCGCGACAGCUUGAAUCAACUUUUGGUUUAUCCGCGACGGAAAAAGAAGCAAUCCCAAUGGAGUUGCAGCCAUCACCGGUUAGGACUGAAACUGUCUGUGUUGUUGCGCAGACUCUUUUUCAAUCGGAAAAUUGA